GACAAAAUGAUAGAAAACGACGAGCCUUCAUUGCAACAACAAUUUGUAUUUUGUGAGAAUAUUGUGGAAGAUUUGUUACAUGACCGUUUAGGAGAUUCUAAAUCACAACAAAGAAAUGAUAAACUCAAAAAUUGUAUUGAACGAUUACAAUUAAUGAGCCGAACAGUAGAGAGCCUCUCAUUGUUCAGCACCAAUGAUCAGGUUGAAGAGCUGCCGACUAUUUCACUUCGUUAUUUGCUUGUGCCAGCCUAUUUUGCUUAUGUUCUUCAGGAAAUUAAUGUUGAAAUUGGAAAACGACCCGUCUACUUGAAAUCCGCAAAAGCUAGCUACAGGGAAUUCCUUCAAAAUUUGCUUACUUACGGGCUUAUCAACUUUAAACUUCCAUGGAUUAAUGGUGAUGAAAAUACAUCAAAAAUUGAAUUGAAAAAGGAAAGUUUUGAGGAUUUAUCUGCAAAACGACAACAAAAAAUUUCUCGAUUGCGUCAAAUGGAACAACUUGAAAGUACAUUGGAAAAGCUCCGAAUUGAGGAAAGAAGAGACGAUGAUGACGCUGCCAAGCGCGAAGUUAUUUUCGUUCUUCUUCGUCUUUGGUCAAUUAGGGCAAUUAAGGAAUUGGACACCAUUGAUGAUGAGUUGAGAUUAUUGGAACAAGCUAGUUCUUGUGUUGCUGAGGAAUCAACUUCUAAUAUGUCCCACGUUGAAAAACCUGCAAAAUUUACUCCAUUCAUACUUACCCGAACAGAACAGCAGAAGAAAGUUUUUGGCUUAGGCUAUCCAAGUAUUCCCACUGUCAGCGUUGAUGAAUGGUUUGACGAAAUGAAAAAAACUGGAGGUUUUGGAAAUAUUGGUUCUAAUAAACGACAAAUUAUUGAAUCUAAUAAUGAUGAGCAAAGUGAUGAAGAUGAUGAAACCAAAAGACAAUCAAAAAUUCGGAUGGAUGAAUGGAAAGAUAUUAAUCCUAGGGGAUGGGGAAAUACUUUAAAUAAAGGUUGA